AUGGACGUGACAGAAGACGCUCCUGCGACGGCUCCUUCCGAGGCUGUCGAGGCUGCUGCUCCACCCGUUGAUACGUCGUCAUCAUCGAUGCAGGCUGCGAUCGCCGCGCCCUUGCCCGCCGCGAUCGACCAUGACCACGACGAGGCGAGACCCACUACUACGACCACUACAACUUUACCGACAGAGCUGACAGAGCUUUCGCCCGAUGAUCAAGCUCAACAGGCCGAGGCUGACGAUCAUCCCUCGUCGGAAGGAGCCACAGCCGGCGAACGCUCCUCCGUCACCCUCACCACCGAGGCCGUAGAGCCAGUCUCCGAGGCCGCCGAGGCCGGGGAGGCCACAGCCCCCCCACAGCAACCAGCACAAGAUGAGAGCAUGCCCUUGGCUGCACUUCAGCCCCAACUCGCACGAGCCACCACCGAAGACGUCUAUGACCCGUCCAGCUCCGCCCGCGCAUCGCUCGAACCGGCUGCCUCAUCCUCCUCCGCGAACGCCACCAACGCCGCUCCGUCCUCGCUCAUCAGAGCCGUACAAGCCAAAUCGCUCGUCGGUCUGUCCCGCGUCGCGCAGCUCUCGGCUAGGAUCGAAAAGGAUCCUUACGACCACGAGGCCCAGCUCGCCCUUCUCCACGAGGUCGAGCAAAAGGGCGACCUCGAAAAGACGAGAGAGGUCUACGAGAGCUUCCUCAAAGUGUUCCCCGAUGCGGUGAGUGCUCGUCUUGGCUACUCUGCGUAUGCUCUCGCUUUCUGUGUGGACCCCGUGUGUCAUUCCAAGCCCCACACCAUCCGAGAUCCAGCAAUGCGAUCAGUCACCCUUGAGCAGAGGAGAGCCACAACCACACCGAGUAUCCGGUGCCCGGCAAUCAGAGAGCUGA